AUGUACUCAAAAGAAGAGGAUUUUGGGAAUGCCAAUAUAAGUCAAUUUAUUCGAUUAAAUAAUCGGCUUAGAGCUAAUGGAUUUUUGUCUAUACCAUUUCUUCCUGAUUUAACUUCUCCUGCAAGAUCUUUUAUACUGAACAGAGAUCAAAUAGAAGAGAAUAGCAAUGAAAGUACGGAUUAUUUAAGAUACACGAAUCCUGGAGUGAGAUUAUCGGAGAAAUUUGCUCAAACUUCAACUAUCCCUCAAAAUCUGAAUGAUGUGGUCACGCCUCAGACUCUUGCACAAAUUAGAGAACCAGAGAGGCAAAAUGAUAAGUUGGAAAUUACUCCUGGUGUUCGUAAGUAUACUGAUUCUGAAUACUCUGGCUUAAACACUGAUGACUUAAGAACUGUAGGUUCUAUAUUACAUGGCAUUUGUACUGAAAGAGAUAACUCAUUUGAAAAGGGCCAGAAUGCCAAUUCUGCACCAGAAAUCAUAAGAGAACAUAUAACAUCUGAGAGAAAUAAGAUGGAUUUUCCCUUUGAUAUACCCUCUAAUUAUAGUUCCAAACCAGUGAUAAAACCUUCUGGAGAUUUAAGAACAGGGUCAAGCAUAGAACUUUCUUUUGCAAAUGAUCAAUCAGAUUCUGUCCCCUUGACAGCUCAAUCUGAAUCUAUAGAAAGCAACCAAAGACUAAUAGUUGAUGGGAACAAGCUUAUUUCAACUAUUCACAAUUUACUGUACGAAUUAGAAUCUCGAGGUGAACGCUCUGUUGAGACUAUAAACUCUGAAAGAUCUCAAAAAAAUGGGUUAAUUGAAAAGCUAAACCUUUUAAGGAGAAAAUAUGAAGCAUUAGAAAAGGAGAAUGAAUCUCUCAGAAUGAUAAAUAGGGCUUUAACAGAGGAGGAGCAUGCUAAUAGAAGCAGGGCUCAAGGUAGGGAAACUCCUCAAUGUUCUACGAUUAGUAGAUUGGAAAGAGAAAAACAGCAGCUUCUUGUUGAAAAUAGCCGGUUAAAGCAGGAUAUUCUAAAACUACAAGAGGAUGAUGACAAGUCCAGGGACAAAGCAGAUCAGUUUUUAAGAUCUAUCAAGGACAGCUUGGAAAAUGAAAAAAGAUCCAAUAGAGCUAUUAUGCUAAGUCAAAUGAGUACAAAUAAUAGAAACAAAGAUGGUGAAUUGGCCUUGACAACUGUGGAAAAAAAGAAGAUUCUCCAGUCACACUAUCUUUAUUCGGUUAUUGUAGGAUUUGAAAAGUCUAUCAACUAUUGGAAAUUGCAAGCAAACAAUCAACAGAACUUAAACUCUGACUCAAAGAAUGGGCAGACAUCCUUUGAAAGCAACGAAACUGAUCUGGGAAAUUCAAGAGAUACCGCUUCUGAGAAAUCUUUUUUUGAAUUUUGCCAAGAGAAUAAUAUUUCCACAAGCGAGCUAAUGAAAAGAGAUAAGAACCUCUGGAAUAGAGGUCUUUAUAUGUUACAAAAUACUGAAAAAUCUGAGUUGGAGAGUAUAAUAAGGUGGUCUUGCAGAUUACUUAAUAUAUCUAACUUCAGAAGUAUCCCCAUUCAAAUCGGAGAGUUAUUAUCCAAAAAGAACACUUCAAAGUCCCCAAAAAUUACCCAUAUUUUUGAAAGUGCAUCUUCGAAAAAAAUAUCCUCUCGGAACAACAGUCAAGAAGUCAUUUCUAUCGAGCUUCAUGAUCGUUUCUACAACCACUUUAAGACUCUUUUCGAUGUGCUUGAUGAUCAAGAUGUCAUACAAGCAUCAAACUCAAUUUAUAUCCAGCUUAGAGAUUUUAAAAAGUUCUUUAGAACUAUUUGUGCCACGUUGAGCCUUGAUUACAAAACCACCUCUCCAACUGAAUGUCUUAAGAUCCUUACUGACUUACUUAAUAUCAAUCAGUCAAAGAAAACUUCAAACACUCAGCCUCAGAUUCAGUCUUUCCAAGAGAAUUCUUCAAAUAUUCACAAUAUUAUUGAGUCUCUUAAGAUUGUUUUAGAUGUUGAUUCCAACGACCAGAUUCUUCCCACUCUAAAACAACACCUUGAGUCCCAAUCUGCCAUUAUUCUUUCUCUUUCAAAGAGCUAA